CCGUUCUCGAAGUGUUUCGAAAAAGAUGGUCGCGACAUUUGUGUCAAAAGCGGGUCAUAUUGCAACGAUUCCUCUUAAUGAGCGAAGAACUGUUACUGCGGAUUGGUAUACCACCAUUUGUUUGCCAAAAGUCAUCACCGAGCUUCGAAAAAUCAACUCCGAAAGAAGAAUCAUCCUCCACCAAGACACUGCAAGCUCGCACACAGCCCAAAAAACAAGGCAGUAUUUAACGGAAGAAAACGUGGAAUUAUUGGACCAUCCUCCAUAUAUCAUAUAGUCCCGAUCUAAGUCCUAACGAUUUCUUUACUUUCCCAAAAAUUAAAAACAGACUGCGUGGUCAAAGGUUCCAGUCACCAGAAGAAGCAGUUGACGCAUUCAAAAAUGCCGUUUCGGAUCUGCCAGCAAACGAGUAGAAUAAGUACUUCGAAAAUUGGUUCGAGCGCAUGCAGAUGUGUAUUAGUCUUCG